CAUAUCACUAUAGUGUAACCCGUAUGUUAAUUAUAGUGUUGUUGUUAGUGACAGAGCGAUUUAGUUGGGUCGCUUGCUCGUCUCUCUCUUCACAAUGAGUAUCUUAAACUACAAUGGAGGGUGUGUGGUUGCCAUGAAGGGCAAGAACUGUGUGGCUAUUGCCUGUGAUCUUCGUUUUGGUGUCCAGGCCCAAACCAUCUCGACUGACUUUGAGCGAGUGUUUGAGCUGGGACCCCACCUUUAUAUUGGUCUGCCUGGGUUGGCUACUGACACCCAAACCGUUUACCAAAGGCUUCAAUUUCGAAUCAAGAUGUAUGAAAUGAGGCAUGUGUGAAACUACAUGGCGUGAGGACAUGGAGCCUGAGGAUCUGUUUGAGUGCAUUAGUCAAUCCCUUGUUAAUGCUUUUGAUCGUGAUGCUCUCUCAGGUUGGGGAGCUGUCGUUCAUAUUGUUGAACAAGACAAAGUGACAACACGGUAUCUCAAGUGCAGACAGGACUAAUUCAUCCAAGACUCAUCUUCCAGGGUAUAAAGAAACAUCUACAGUAUGCCUAAAAUUUCGUCUCUCUUACGGUACAUUUUGUUACAGUGAUGUAUAUGCAUUUUUGCAUUUCAGGAUAUUCCAUUUUAUUAUGAAAUUGUUUGCCCUGUAAGGAAAAAUGUAAUUGAUAACAUUUUAAAGUUGUUCUCUAAGGUAGCAUUUUCAAGAUUUGUAAUUAUACAAGGACCUCUCCCACACAUAACAGGGUUCCUAUGGAGGCUAAAUAAAUGUGUCUUUUUGUA